ACAUUUGUAGCAGUUUGCAAAAUGUGUGUGAAGGUUCUCUUUCAUUGAUGGGAAAAGACUAUACACAUAAAGUAGUAUUAGUGUUAGUAGUAGUAGUCGUCGUCAUGAUCUCUAUCUUCUCUACUGAAUUUUAUCGAUUAUUGAUGGCGUACUUGAGAUGCAUUUACGUUUAUAUACCAAGAUUAGUACGAUUCUACCACUGUCCCCUUUUCCUUUUUGAAAAUUUGUACCCUCUUUUAAGUGUAUGCGUGUUAAUUUCCCUUUUUUCUUAUUAUUUAUCAAAAAUUCAUUGGACUUUUGGGAGCAUUUGGAUUGCCACCUAUACUAAUCCCAAUUCUAAUUCUGUCAUUGUGAAAUGACAUGAAGCGGAGGCUCUUCCUUCGAAACUAACUUCCGUAGUUGUGAUUUUGCUAUAACUAGCCAUCAAUAUGAAUGGCAUAACAUGGCGUUGUUAUUAAUUGUUAUUAUUAUUCAAUGCUCUCCGAUUACUAGGGCUAUGUGUCAUACACUAUGCAAUGACCUCAUCAAUACUCAGACUUGUUUUCUUUAUUUUUUUUAUUAUUAUUGGCCUAUUUUUUUUUUCUUCUUCUUGCUAUUCUUGUUCUUCAGGAUCAUGUCUGAAGAGCAUGGAUACCAAAGGAGUGGGAAAAAGUGCAGGGAGAAGUUUGAGAAUCUGUACAAGUAUUACAAGAAGACAAAGGAGGGAAAAGCUGGAAGACAAGACGGGAAGCAUUACCGAUUCUUUCGCCAACUCGAAGCCUUAUACGGUGAAAGCAACAGUAACAACAGCAACGCUGCCUCAGCACAAGAAACCAAUUUUGGUGGUAGCAACACCCUCCAUUACCAAAACAAUCCUCAUGCUUUCAAUUCCCAACAUCAGAUGAAUAACCAAGAAAUGCUGCUUCUUGGUUCCCAGAACAGCCUAAGCCUCACCAACUCCACUGAGUUUGAAACCUCUUCUUCGGAUGAUGAUGAUCACAAUAGCACUGGGGGAGUGAAGGGGAACGAUGAGUCCAUGGAGAAGAGGAGGAAGAAGAGAGGAGGGAGCAAGAGCUGGAAGGUGAAGAUAAAAGACUUCAUUGACUUGCAAAUGAGGAAGCUUGUGCAGAAGCAAGAAGAGUGGCUUGACAAGCUUAUGAAGACGCUGGAACAGAAGGAGAAAGAGAGGGUUCUGAGAGAGGAAGAGUGGAGGAGACAAGAGGCAGCCAGGUUGGAGAGGGAGCACAAGUUUUGGGCCAAAGAGAGAGCAUGGAUUGAAGCAAGGGAUGCUGCUUUAAUGGAGGCCUUGCACAAGCUGACAGGAACUGAUCAGGUAAAGUCUCAUCAUCAUCAUCAUGAUGGGAUAAUAACUGGUUCCGCAAUGCAAAAUAAGGACCAUAACGAAGAUGAUGAAAACUGGCAAGAAUGUGAGAUAUCAAGGCUUGUUCAGUUGAGAGCUGAGAUGAUGGAAACAAGUUUUAGGCAUGGUGGUGAUGGUUGUUCAGAAGAGGCUUUGUGGGAACAGAUAGCAACAAAAAUGGCAUGUUUUGGGUAUGAAAAGAGUCCAGUAAAGUUGAAAGAGAAAUGGGAAACAAUCAGCAAAGAAAACAACAAGAAGAAGCGGAAGGAGAAUAACUCAAACUCAGUACGAAGUAGUAGUUCUUGUUUUUACAUUGAAAACAAUAACAAUGACCAUUAUUCUUCUUCUUCUUCUCUAUAUAACAACAACAACAACAACCAAAGUGGUGGUGGAUACUGUGAUAUCAACAAUGAUCAAAGGCGGCAACAACAAUCACCUUCGAAUUCCAACGCUAAUGCAUCAGUUCAUCAAGCUGAGAACUGUUUCCCAUUCUUGAUGAGUUGUGAGGGAGGAACUUUGUGGGACAACUACAGCUUAAAGGUUAAUAAACCAAAUCAAAAUCAGUAGGUUAAUCAACUCCCUCGUAAGAGGCACCGAUUAAGAUUUCACAGACUUCUUCUUAUUUCCUUUUUUUUUUAAAUCUGAGAUGGUUUAAUUUCAUUCCAUCGCAUUAUGUAAGCAAAGAACUAACUACUGAGGGUUUUUGUGUAUAGGGAUUAAUGAAUGAUGAUUAGGAUGGUCAAUCUUAAUUAUUAAUGUAUUUAUUAAUUAUUAGGAGGAAAAAUAAUAUGUUCAAGCUUACACAAGUUUCAUA